AUGUCAACCAAAGAAGAAGAUUCGAAUAUACCUUUAACCGCCGCCACUUCGCCCAUACCUCCGGAAAAUCUGUCUUCUAUAGCUCCGUCGAUCGCUCUUCAAAAACCGCUCUCGUGGCCGUCCGCUCCGUCGGCUAACGAAGAACAUCAGCACCUAUACGAAGAAGAGUUAAUACCACCUGACAAUUUUACCAUGAUUUCAACCUGGGUUUACAGAAGCAGUUUUCCGAAAAAAAAGAACUUUGCUUUCCUGAAGAAGCUUGGUUUGCGAAGCAUUUUAACCUUGAUUUUGGAAGAGUACCCUGAACAAAAUAUGAAGUUUUUGGAAGCAAACAACAUCACGUUAUACCAAUUUGGAAUCGCAGGAAACAAGGAACCUUUUGUUCAGAUACCCGAAGAUAAGAUUUGUGCUGCAUUGGCGGUUAUUCUAGAUCAACGCAAUCACCCAAUUUUGAUACAUUGUAACAAAGGCAAGCACCGAACAGGUUGUCUAGUCGGGUGCCUUCGAAAACUGCAACGAUGGUCACAUACCUCAAUUUUUGAUGAGUACCGUCGAUUCUCUCAUCCCAAGUCACGCUCAAUGGACCAACAGUUUAUUGAACUCUUUGAUGCCAGUCAAGUAUGGAAACUCGUUGAUAAAAAUCACAUACCAAAGUGGGAAUUUUUGGGUUCGUACCCUCAAUGA